GCCGGCCAGCCAGCCUGCGGAGACUCCCCGGUCCGCGCUCAGGGCUGGGGCUGGGGCUGCACCCUGAGGGGACCGGGCCGGACCCUAGACGGCCCGGGCGUUGCUAUGAGGGCUGUGUAGCGCGUGUGAGGAGGAUGAAGGAGGAGGCAGCGCGGCCGCAGGAGGAGUAGGCGGUGGUGCCCUCGGCGGGGAGCCGCGCGCGGGCCAGACGGCUCCCGGAGGCUCCGCAGUGCCGCCGCCGUCGCCCCGGAGGCUCCGCGCGGGAGCCAUGUAACCCGCGGCGGGCUCCGGGCUGCUCCGUCCUUCCUAGCUCCCGGGCUAGCGCGGCAGCGGGGCCACGAUGAAGAAGCAGUUCAACCGCAUGCGCCAGCUGGCCAACCAGACGGUGGGCAGGGCAGAGAAGACUGAAGUUCUGAGUGAAGACCUUCUUCAGGUGGAGAAGCGCCUGGAGCUGGUAAAGCAAGUGUCCCACAGCACACAUAAGAAGCUCACUGCGUGUCUCCAGGGCCAGCAAGGUGCAGAGGCUGACAAGCGCUCCAAAAAGUUGCCUUUGACAACACUGGCUCAGUGUUUGAUGGAAGGGUCAGCUAUCCUGGGUGAUGACACACUGCUUGGGAAGAUGCUGAAACUUUGUGGCGAGACGGAGGACAAGUUGGCUCAGGAACUGAUACAUUUUGAGCUGCAAGUAGAAAGAGAUGUGAUCGAGCCCCUGUUUCUGCUGGCGGAGGUGGAAAUCCCAAAUAUUCAAAAGCAGAGGAAACAUUUAGCGAAGUUGGUGCUGGACAUGGACUCUUCACGAACCAGGUGGCAGCAGACUUCCAAGUCUUCAGGUCUGUCCAGCAGCUUACAGCCUGCGGGUGCCAAAGCUGAUGCCCUCAGGGAAGAGAUGGAGGAGGCUGCCAACAGAGUGGAGAUUUGCAGGGACCAGCUAUCUGCUGACAUGUACAGUUUUGUGGCCAAAGAAAUCGACUAUGCAAACUACUUUCAAACGCUAAUAGAAGUACAAGCUGAAUACCACAGGAAAUCGCUGACGCUACUACAGGCUGUGUUGCCUCAAAUAAAAGCACAACAAGAGGCCUGGGUGGAGAAGCCUUCCUUUGGGAAGCCCCUAGAAGAGCACCUCACCAUCAGCGGCCGGGAGAUCGCCUUCCCCAUCGAGGCCUGUGUGACAAUGCUGCUGGAAUGUGGGCUGCAGGAGGAGGGCCUCUUCCGUGUAGCUCCUUCUGCCUCCAAGCUGAAGAAGCUAAAAGCUGCGCUAGACUGCUGUGUGGUGGAUGUGCAGGAGUACUCAGCCGACCCCCAUGCCAUUGCAGGGGCUUUGAAAUCUUACCUCCGAGAGCUGCCAGAACCUCUUAUGACCUUUGAACUCUAUGAUGAGUGGAUCCAGGCUUCCAAUAUUCAGGAGCAAGACAAGAGGCUCCAGGCUCUGUGGAAUGCUUGCGAGAAAUUGCCCAAGGCCAAUCAUAACAACAUCCGGUACUUGAUCAAGUUUUUAUCCAAGUUAUCAGAAUAUCAAGAUGUCAACAAGAUGACUCCCAGUAAUAUGGCCAUUGUCUUAGGACCCAACCUCCUGUGGCCACAAGCAGAAGGGAACAUCACCGAGAUGAUGACCACAGUUUCACUGCAGAUUGUCGGGAUCAUCGAGCCCAUCAUCCAGCAUGCGGACUGGUUCUUCCCUGGGGAAAUAGAGUUCAACAUCACAGGCAAUUAUGGGAGUCCAGUACACGUGAACCAUAAUGCCAACUACAGCUCGAUGCCCUCCCCAGACAUGGACCCUGCUGACCGGCGCCAGCCCGAGCAGGUCCGCCGGCCUCUCAGCGUCGCCACGGAUAAUAUGAUGCUGGAGUUUUACAAGAAGGAUGGCAUGGGUGUGAGGGUUAUGGACACAUCUUGGGUGGCUCGAAGAGGCUCCUCGGCUGGCCGGAAAGCAUCCUGCGCCCCACCCUCCAUGCAGCCUCCUGUCCCACCUGCUGAGCUGGCUGCACCUCUGCCAUCACCUCUGCCGGAGCAGGUCCCGGAUAGCCCUGCAGCGGCUGUGGUGCCUGCGCUUUCUCCAGCUGGCGGGGGCCUGCAGCCUGCAGCUGAGCAUACCAGCACCGCCAAAAGCAAGGAAUUAUCUCCAGGCUCUGGGCAGAAAGGAAGUCCAGGCUCUGGCCAGGGAACACCCUGUCCAGGGACACAGCCGGGCACCAGCCCCAGCCAGCCACCUGCGGACCAGAGCCCUCAUACCCUCCGGAAAGUUUCAAAGAAGCUUGCACCAAUUCCACCCAAGGUCCCCUUUGGCCAGCCGGGGGCUAUCACUGACCAGUCCACUGGCCAGCCUUCCCCGAUCAGCCUGUCUCCAACUCCACCGAGCACCCCAUCACCCUACGGACUCAGUUACCCUCCAGGGUACUCCUUGGCCUCAGGCCAGCUCUCCCCAGCUGCGGCUCCUCCUCUGGCCUCUCCUUCUGUUUUCACAAGCACUUUAGCCAAAUCUCGGCCCACCCCGAAGCCCCGGCAGAGACCUACCCUGCCACCUCCUCAGCCUCCCACAGUCAGCCUCUCGGCCUCCAGCCCUCAGUCCACAGAGCACCCCAUGCUGGACGGCAUGUCCCCAGGGGAGAGCAUGUCUACAGAUCUUGUCCACUUUGAUAUUCCCUCCAUCCACAUAGAGCUGGGAUCGACACUGCGCCUGAGCCCCCUGGAGCACACACGGCGACACUCGGUGACCGACAAGAGGGACUCGGAGGAGGAAUCUGAGAGCACUGCCCUGUGAUGGGCUCCCACCUGAUCCGCGUGUACAUACAGACACGGCCCCGGGACACACCGCCAGGAGCGGGGUCCCUGAGCUUGCCAAGUGUUCUUCAUUGGCUCUUUCCUGUCACUUCCAACGUGAGGUUGGAGUUUGGCAUAAAAUUGCCAUCUCUGGUCUGUGUGGCAAAUGUAGGUGGUGCAGAUUUUGUUUGUUCCUUUUGGGUGGUGACUUUGGCCUUUUGUUUGACCUUUGCCUUUUGACAUUGUGCCUAUUUCAAUCCAUUCUCAGCCUCCAUGCCAAGCAGCACCCACCUCUGCCCAAGGGCUUGUCAGAAAUGUGAUGUAGGGGAACAGGAAAGGAUUACACUCCCUGGUCACACCUGAGGGAUGCUGCCCUGCCAGGGACACCUGUGGUCCUGUAGUAUCUAAUGGGCCAGAAAGAAAGGUGUGUGCGGAGGGGGACUCCUCACCUGCAGCUGGACUGGAGGAAGAAAUCCAGAAGUCCUGGGCACUGUUUUUGUCUGCUGUGCAGGGGUGGGCCAGCCCAGGAAAACCUUUUUGAGGUCACCCUUAGUCAGAGGGCUCCAGAGUACAUGGCUUCACUUACAGUUCCAUUCCCCUCCCCACAUGACUAAAGGCUCCCUUCACGCAUCACCUUGUACUUCUGAACUUAAAGAGGGCCUUGACCAUGUCUGAAGUGCCCAAAGUAGUGCCCCAUGCCCCAAACACAUCAGGCAUCUGAAAGUAACUGUCUGUUCUUUCUAGAGGCGAAAGCGGAAUAGCAAUAAUUCUGUUACCCAAAGCAGGUAGAAGUGUGAAACCAGCCUAUGGAGGCGCCAGCCCAGUGACUGGCCGCGCUGUGGCCUGCUUUGCGCACCAGCAUCUGUGGCUCAUCCCUUCUCAUCUAGUCCCAUCCAGCGCUGGGGAGGGGACCAGGAGGCCUUGAGGAGCCGUCCGCACUUCGGGGUUACAGGGGUCAGAAACAGAUCUGGACCAUGCAUGCAAAGUCAAAGUUUAAAAUUUUAUCCUUUUAAAAUAGAUAUAAUAUACCUAUACAUGAUAUAAUAUUUGUAUAUACGAAAUCUCUCUAUAUUUGUUUAAUUUGAGCCAUUCAAUCUAAACCAAUGUACAGGUACACAACGAAAAAACUUAAAUGCUUAGUUAUUUUUCCCAACACAGUGUAAAGCCACCAUUCUCUGAGAGUGGGAUUGAGGACUUUUGAUGUUACAGCUUUGCUCACCUCCUGGCAAGGGCAGUUCAAUCCCCACUUUGUAAGGGAGCCCAGGGGUUGAAAGUUACCUUUAAAUACAUGUAAAAAUCGUUGUCAAAAGUAAUGUUAUUAAAAUAGAUUUAUUAUCCCGAAGCUUGGCACAUGUUCUCAUUUGAGUGAAGCCAUGGGACAGUUACCAAUCUCCUGCACUGUUAGGGGAAGGCUGAAGGUCACUAGGGAAAGAAGGCUAUCCUUGCUCUUGUCACCUGUUUUUCUAAAGUUCUUCCCAUCUUCUCCUAUGUAGGGAGAACAUGCAGAUAGUAGAUUCAACUCUGAAAAUGCUCCUAGACUUCAAGCACUAACCUCUUAAAAUCCUGCAGCCCACUGUGAACAUUUUCCAGUGUUUCCAAAGGUAGAAUUUCAUUUUCUCAAGAGAUAAGGAAGCAUACUCCCUGAUCCACUGAACUGGCCUAGCUCUCCCCGGAUGUAUAAAGCCAGUGCCAUGAGCUGGACUUCUGUCAAGACUCAGCUAUUAAAGAGCUGGUAGCUCUCUAGGGACAGGCUCCAAGAUUCUCACUGUCUGCAAAGCUCUUCUAGGCCCCUGGCAGGUAGGAGACUGCUGCGAAGCAGUGCCAAGAUGAAGCUGAAAACCUUGUAAUUCCAAACACAAUCUUUAUCGCACCUGAUUCUUUGGAAAUUGUAAUCCUUGAGUCUGGGACACUUUGAUCCAGCAUUCCCCUGUGACUUGGCUUAUCUCUGAG